UAUAAUAAAUUAAUUUUUUGACAUUACAUAUUUAGCCAGCAGGUGGUGGCAAGAUAGGUGACAUGAAGUGAAUCUGCAUCAGCCGAUUACAUACAACAGCUCUUCAUGAUCACUUGAAUUACUACUACUAAAGCUAGGAAAUAGCUUUAAACUAACAACUUCAGCAUUAUGGCUCAUCACAGCUGAGACGCACAACAGACUAAUUAAUUACACAAUGGGUGCUGUUUAAAAUGGCGGAGGACAUUGUGGUUUCUAUAGUGAUCGACUCUGGUGCACCGGCUACCGCAAAAUAGGGAGAAAUACCCCUGCUUUGAUGCUAUUUUUCCAUUGAAAUCUGAUCUUCAGAAAGCUGACAGCAUCCUUGCUUGGGAGUGUCAACAGGUGAUCACACAUUCUCCGUCUCUCUCUCUCUCACUCACACACACAUCCAUCCAUCUUGUUUAUCCAAUAACAUUUUAGAAACAGCACAAGCCAUGAUACUAUUUCUGAAGUGACAUUUUUGAAUUACUAACGGAGACUUGGACUCAUAAUUUGUUUUGAACCGGCAAUGGCAGAUUCUGAUCCGUUGCAUAAGAAAGUAGUUUCAUGCGUUUUUUGUUUUUUUUGACUGUACUCAGUUUUUCCAAAUUUUUUAAAAACGACUUGUUCAUUGAACUGUAUAAAAGCAUGCGGCCUCGUGCCUGUGGCCGAAUCACAGGACUGCUGAUGUAGGGCUGUAUAGCACUCUUGCUCAUGUGAUAUUGCUUAGUUAUUAAAUUUACCCACAUUCUCUGGACAAACAGAUAGGCACCUUUACAUUUGGGAAUGAAAAUCUAAAAGUGCGCCCACCACUGGUGCCAGUGUUAUCAUUUUAGCCACUUUUCUAGAAUUGUCAACUGAUUUGGUGAAUAAAAGUGCCAAUCACACAAUCGCAAUUUCUUGUUGGCUCUGUUUUCAAAGCAUAUUAAAACCUGUAAUAAUUUAUUCAGUGAAGACCUGGCUAUUACACACUAGUAACUAGAUAAUACUUGGCAUAUAAACAGCUGAGUCUAUUUCUUCACAAGAUGUUUUUUCCCUCCACUACCUAAGCAUCUUAUGUUUUUUUUUUCCUAACCACGGUUGAAUCUGGCUAGAUAAUUGGCUGCAUUAAAGCACAAUUAUUUUUAAAGCUUCUUUGAAUCAACUUGUAUUGUGAAAGCAUUACACAAUUCAACUUGAAUUGACAAUAUCUUCAACAUGAGUUUCAUUAUAACAGGAAGAGCAAAAAAUAAGCAAGUCCCACAGAAAUCAAUCAUCAGUGAUAACCAAACAUGGUAAUUGUGUCAUCAGAUUAAAUGUGUCUCUCUGGCUCCACAAAACGUUCACACCCAUUAUCAAUAUAAUCGUCAUCAUGUCGAGUGGGUUUUUGGGUGCGGCUUUGGCUUUAUGAUACCCUGGAAAGGUUGAAGUCCUGCUGCUUAACUGAAGGACAAUUCAAACUCAGGUAUCAGGGGCAGGGAGAGGACUACACUACGAACUCAAAAGUAUAAUUGGAAUUUUUUGUUUUUGGCCUUGUGAUUUUCACUCAAUUUGUGUGAGAAGUUUGGGGUGACAAUGUCGACUGCAUUAGAGGUGACUGGAUUCUUCAUGUGUGUGACCAGCUGGCUGGUCACUGGCAUCUCUCUGGCUAACGACUAUUGGAAGUUAUCUAGCAACUCAGGGAACGUGAUCAUUUCAAACCGUCAGUAUGAGAAUCUGUGGCAUUCAUGUGCCGAGAGCAGCACUGGAGUGGCGGACUGUCGAGACUUUCAAACCAUGCUGGCCUUGCCAGGUCAUAUUCAGGCAUGCAGAGCAUUAAUGAUCAUUGCCCUAAUCUUUGGCCUUGUCUCAAUAAUUGUAUCUACCAUGGGGCUGAAGUGCAUUAAGAUUGGAGCAGCAAAAGAUGAGUCAAAAGGCAAGCUUGCAGUCAGUGGUGGCAUUCUCUUCAUCCUUGCAGGUCUUUGCACAAUGGUGGCCACAUCUUGGUACGCGGCACGGGUGAUUCAAGAGUUCCAUAACCCAUUCUUUGGUGGCAUCAAAUUUGAGCUGGGUGCUGGUCUCUAUAUAGGUUGGGCUGGUGGAAUACUGUCUAUACUGGGUGGUUCACUCCUGUGCAGUGCCUUUAAAAGAAUCUCUAAAGGAAAACCGAAAGGGGCAUACUAUCCAAGUGGUAAGCCAACAACGAUCUAUACAGCAGCUCCUGUAUCUACUUCAGAUACUGCAAGAGCCUAUGUUUGAGUUCCCAGGGUCAUCCACAUUAACAGGGCUGAACUGUUGUUACGUUGAUGUUUGUUUUACUCUCCUACCUGUAUGUUUUUGCUACUUUUUUUGUUUUUGGACUAUUGUGUUAAUGAUGAAUGUAAAAUCACUUGAAUGCAAUUAUCAUGGAAUACUGAAUAUUUGGAAUAAAAUCAGUUCUGUAUAUCUACAGUAGGUGGUUUAGAAAGUUGAGGCUUCUUUUUAAUGUAUAGACAAUGACAUACUGUAAAUGGGUCCAGAAGAGACCAAUAUACCAGUAAUUUCUAUUAUACAGGGAUAAUGGAAUGUGAAAUAAAAUGGGAAUAAAAUGUAUAACAGAAAACUGUCAAAAGGUCUGAUUUCUGGAAAAUA